UCUUACUGCUUGAUUGACAAUGCUGCAGUAGGCGCAUAACGUGGCUUUGUUAUUUUUUUUUGGCUUUCACACUCCCCCCCACCUUAAGAGACCAGAUCAUCAACACUCUCCCGUCAGCUAUUUACCCCCAUUGACACGUCAUGGCGUCGGCACUCUUCUUCCUCGACCUCAAGGGCAAGACCCUUCUGGCCCGCAAUUAUCGCGGAGAUAUUCCCAUGUCCGCAGUCGAGAAAUUCCCUAUCCUCCUCAGUGAUGCCGAAGAAGAAAGCUCAGCAGUGCCUCCCUGCUUCUCUCACGAGGGAAUCAACUACCUUUAUAUCCGUCACAGCAACCUCUAUAUCCUCGCAUUAACCAAACGAAACACAAAUGCCACCGAAAUUCUACUCUUCCUCCACAAGCUGGUGGAGGUCUUCACCGAAUAUUUCAAGGUACUGGAGGAGGAGAGUAUCCGGGAUAACUUCGUCGUUAUUUACGAAUUGCUGGAUGAGAUGAUGGAUUUUGGAUACCCACAGACAACAGAGAGCAAGAUUCUACAAGAAUACAUCACUCAAGAGUCACACAAGUUGGAUGUCCAAGCACGGCCACCAAUCGCCGUCACAAAUGCUGUCUCCUGGCGUAGCGAGGGGAUACGCUACCGCAAAAAUGAAGUCUUCCUCGACGUGGUCGAGUCCCUCAAUCUUCUCGUCUCGGCAAAUGGAAACGUCCUGCGGUCUGAGAUUCUGGGCGCUGUCAAGAUGAAGUGCUACCUGAGUGGUAUGCCAGAGUUGCGAUUGGGCUUGAACGACAAAGCCAUGUUCGAGACCACAGGUCGUGCUACACGAGGCAAGUCGGUCGAGAUGGAGGACGUGAAGUUCCACCAGUGUGUCCGACUCUCACGUUUCGAGAAUGACCGCACAAUCAGUUUCAUCCCUCCGGAUGGUGAAUUUGAGCUUAUGAGCUACCGACUGAACACACAAGUGAAGCCGUUGAUCUGGGUAGAAUGCGUGGUUGAAUCGCACUCGGGAUCCCGAAUUGAAUAUAUGCUCAAGGCCAAAGCCCAAUUCAAACGCCGCAGCACCGCCAACAACGUCGAGAUUCUCGUCCCCGUCCCCGAAGACGCAGACUCCCCACGCUUCCGCACAAAUAUCGGAACCGUGCACUAUGCCCCCGAGAAGUCAGCCAUCAUCUGGAAGAUCAAGCAGUUCGGCGGCGGCAAGGAAUUCCUCAUGCGCGCAGAGCUCGGUCUACCAUCCGUUAAGGGCGACGACGAGCGCGGCGGCGGUAUGACCGGUGGAUUCGGAGGUAGCAUGGGCGGAGCCGGAGGCGUAGGCAAAGCCAAACGGCCCAUCAACGUCAAGUUCGAGAUCCCCUAUUUCACGACCAGUGGUAUCCAAGUGCGAUAUUUGAAGAUCACCGAACCGAAGCUGCAAUACCCCUCGCUCCCCUGGGUGCGAUACAUCACACAGUCGGGCGACAUUGCCAUGCGCAUGCCAGAAAUUCAAUGAAAAAUAUUCGACCUCUCUGGAUGAUUUGACUUUGUACAGCCCCGUUCCCCUUCUUGUCCUCGUUAUCUUUUUUUCGCUCCCACCCUUUU